AUGUCAGUGUGCCCGUCGAAUGGAGUUGUCUUCUGCAGCAGCAUCCUCCCAGAGGGGCCUACUGACAUGGCAGGGCAACCUCCUGGCCUCCCGCAGCAGCCUCCUGGCAUAGUGUGUCACUGGCGCGAUGUGGAGCCAUGGCGUGGUGCUGACUGGAAGCUAAGUACCAGCGCGGUCUGCUGUAUUGAACUCUUUUCUGUACAUCUUGUAACAAAGGCUGUGCCAAGAGCUUGCGCCAUCUUGGGUGUUAUAUUUCUUGUUUCAACCCUCUGCAUUUAUGGUAAAGCUAUUCAUGACCUUGCUACGAAGCUGCUUCCCGAAGUGGAUGAUUUCCUUUUUAGUGUUUCAAUCAUUAGUGGAGUACUCUGCAGUAUUCUGGCUGUGGUUAAGUUUAUGCUUGGUAGAAUCCUCACAAGCAAAGCCCUGAUAACUGAUGGUUUUAACUCUUUAGUUGGAGGCAUCAUGGCAUUUUCUAUACUGAUCAGUGCAGAAGUCUACAAUCAUAAUCCUGGUGUCUGGUAUUUGGAUGGCAGUAUAGGGAUUCUCAUUGGAAUGAUCAUCCUUGCAUAUGGAAUAAAGCUUCUGAUUGACACAGUGCCACGAAUAAAACAAACUCACAAUUAUGAAAGCUUUGAAUAAUAAACAUGAUGAAAAUAUGCAGUGGUGGCUCAGUUCUACAGGAAUGAAGACUGCAAGACCUGGAAUUAAUCACUAUGACAGUGACUGAAAAACAAAACAUGGCCACUGCCUUAUAUCCCUAUUUAACACCAAACCUAGUGAACUAAAAUUAAGUGAUGCUAAACAUGGUGAACUGAAUAAUUUUAAGAUUGAAGAUGCAGCUCUUUGCUACUUUUUUUAAUCCCCUCAAGAGCAAAGGGUAGAUUUUAAGCUAGUGGACGACUUGUCAGAAAAGCAUGCUAACCAGCAGCCCAAUCUGCCAGGGGCAGGCUGAGUCACUUUUGAGGGCUGAAUGUCAUUAUCAUGAUGAAAACACGUGGCUUGCUGGCACUGGGUCAGACCGGACAGCUGGGCCCUGAACAACAACAUUACUGUUCUUGUGGAAGCCUGACAUAGUACACCUCUUUGUGGCUAACAAACAUUAAACUUAUCUUUUAGGUACAUUUUCCAUUGCACCAUUCACUAAAACUGGCUGUAUAUGUAUUUUGUAUGUUCCACUUAGUUGUCAGUCAUUUACAAUCAAGGUCACAUAUUCAUCAAUUUGUACAUUUAUAGAGCAACAUCUUGAAAUUACAAGUACUUCAAUUGCACAGAAGACUCCUUUAUAGACAGUGGCACCAAGUGCUGGUGUAAAUGAGGUGGUAACAGGCUACUGCUUCAUUUAUGCUAAUUGAUCACAGUUAAAAUCUACCCUAUAAAAUCUAAUAUACCUUCGGCAAUCAGUUGAAAGUGGAACUAAUACUCAAAAUUGAGGAAUGGUUAGAAUUUUGUGUGAAAUAGGCGAUACAUUAUGGGCCAGAUCUUCUGGUAGCAGGAAUGAAGAUGCACGGUCAGGAUGCUGAGGGAAGGUUCAGAUACAUGCAGAUGCAUGGAAA